CCUGUCCGGUCCCGUGCAGUCCGCUCAGCUGUCGGCCACCGCUGCCUCCCUCGUCCUCGGCGCCGCCGCCAUGGCGGGGGGUCUAGAUUCGCUGGAGAAAUGCCUGGAGCGGCACCUCCCCCCCGAGGAGCUCGGCGAAGUGAAGCGGAUCCUCUACGGGAACCUGAGCAGAAAACUUGCCUUGCCGGCUGCGGCUCUGUCGGCCGCGAGCCACAGGGCGUUCGAGCUGCAGGGCUGUGGAUUUGGCGCUGCGCCCGAGCAGCUGAGGCAGCCCCGUGUUGUUCGAGUGGGGCUGGUUCAGAAUAAAAUCCCCCUGCCCACAGACACGCCCGUGGCGGAACAGGUGGCUGCACUGCACAGGCGAAUAGAGGAGAUCGUGGAGGUGGCUGCAAUGUGUGGGGUCAAUGUGAUCUGCUUUCAAGAGGCUUGGACUAUGCCCUUUGCAUUCUGUACAAGAGAGAAGCUUCCAUGGACUGAAUUUGCUGAGUCAGCAGAGGAUGGUCUGACAACAAGGUUCUGCCAGAAGCUGGCAAAGAAGCACAAUAUGGUUGUGGUGUCUCCAAUUCUGGAGAGAGAUGAUGUACAUGGAGGAACUUUAUGGAACACUGCAGUGGUGAUUUCAAACUCUGGAUCUGUCCUUGGGAAGAGCAGGAAAAAUCACAUUCCAAGGAUUGGAGAUUUCAAUGAGUCUACUUACUAUAUGGAGGGCAACACAGGGCACCCUGUGUUCCAGACUCCGUUUGGAAGGAUUGCUGUGAAUAUCUGUUUUGGGCGCCAUCACCCCCUGAACUGGCUCAUGUACAGUCUAAAUGGAGCAGAGAUUAUCUUUAACCCUUCAGCUACUACUGGAGAACUCAGCGAGUCACUGUGGCCAAUUGAAGCAAGAAAUGCAGCUAUUGCUAACCACUGCUUUACAUGUGCCAUAAACCGAGUUGGAACGGAAUACUACGUGAAUGCAUUUACAUCUGGAGAUGGUGGGAAAGCCCACCAUGACUUGGGAUAUUUUUAUGGCUCGAGUUAUGUGGCUGCGCCAGAUGGCAGUCGGACACCUGGACUGUCUCGCACACAGGAUGGGCUUUUGGUGGCUGAGGUGGAUCUAAAUCUUUGCAGGCAAGUCGGUGACAAAUGGAGUUUUAAGAUGACUGGUAGAUACGAGAUGUAUGCAGAGGAACUCAUGAAGGCUGUCCAACUUAACUUUGCACCCAAUAUUAUUAAAGAGUAGCUGUGACGGUGUCCUCUGGUAGGAGAGCUCUUACACCAAGGCUCAUCUUCCAGGGCAGUCUUCACUUGUUUUCCCUGCCUGUAGGAGAUCCUGUGGCAGUGAGGGGCUCCUGUUUUCUUCUUUGUCAUUUAAUCAGCUGUAAUUUAAUCUUUAAAUUCAAUUUAACUAUUUAAAACCCAGCCACCCAAAUACUUAUUAACCCAACAGCAGUAAAAAUGAUUACACCCAUAUAUCUGCUUCCAUCAUUUACAUUAGGUAUUCUUACAAUGAGACAAGAUUCCAUUUUGCCUUUGAGUUGAAUACAUGCAGUCUAAUGUCUGCUCCCAAGUUGGUUCAAGACCAGGAUCUGAGCACCAGAACCAAAGCUGUAUGGCAACAUAUUAUUACUCUUAACCCCACUGUAAGAACGAUUUUCAUUGGGCUAAACACACCCCUUUCAGAAAAUAAAUUCCAUGGUGCUUAAAUUAUAUUGGAGGAGUUAUGUGAUGGGAAAAAAAGCACAGAUUAACAAAAGCUACUGAAUAGUUAGUUUACAGAUGUAUUGUUAGUAACAUACCUAAAAAUCCUUCACAGUGAAGCAUUACACACAAAUGGACUUGGACGUACAAUUCUCUAAGUCAGUGGCCAGCUGGUAGCUUAGCCAGUUUUGUAGGCAUUAUAAGGCAAAACCUGUUACUGGUUUUGGCCACAGGGCCUCUGCAGUGAUUGUAAUGGAACUGCUGAUGCUUCUGUUCUGUCUGCCAAUAACUUGUAUCCUAAUUCCCAGCCAUCUUCACAUGCAGCAGGUGCCCAAGUGCAUUCCAGCCACACCUGCUGUAAAUGAGUUCUGAUUGAAAACACAUUUCCAUCAAACUCGUUUUUCAGAUUUUGCAAAGGAACUGCAUUUCUACUCACCUGCCACUGUAUUUCAGGCACUGAAGAAAGGAGCACUCUAGAUUGUAUUGAACAUACCCCAUCAAGUACUUUUUGGGUACUCUCCAGUGUUUGCAAGCCACCUAGAUUAGAAAAUGUUUUUCCUUACAACUUUUAUCCUUUAGGGUAUUGCUAAACACUGACUCCCUGUACUGUUUUCACCAGAAAGGGUGCCUUUUAUUUACUAUCCGCACCAUCAGGGAUUACAGCUUUAGGCAAUGGGUUUAAGAUGUGUCAUCUCCAGCUGGUUGUCUAGGUACAAAACAUAUCAUGUUACAGUGCUUACAUAGAUAGCAACAUUUUUUCUUUUGUUUUUAAAAUCAUUUUGGAAUUUGGAGGUGAGUUCAAACCAGUUAUAAUUUUAGAGUAGACCAGAUUUUGGGCCCAAAGUAUUUGCCAGUGUGACUUUAAGUCAAUUGUACAUUAUCUGAAUCCUCAGCUGAAAAGGCUAAGUAUAAAACCAAGCACAUUUCUAUUGUAGUUAAAGUCAUAAAGCUAAAUUUCAAGACGCGAUGAGACUGGGAGUCAAAAUUCGUAGUAAGUGUAAGGUCAAAGCUGAAUUAUGUCCUACACUUCAGUGCUUCUCUGCCAGGCAGGUGAUCCCAGAUAAUAUGUUAAAGGGGCUGCACACAGCCUGCUGCAAUCUUACAGUUUAGCUUAAAGCAUCAGAAUGCAGUGAGGACCCUGCUGCUUAUUCCAGAACACAGCUGUAGAGUGAGAAGAGGUAGAAAGUCUGGGCUCCUGCUAUAACAUCUUUGGACUUCAGCCAAGAGAAGUUUGUUCUCCCUGCCUUCUCAAUUAGAAGCAGAGUUCUGAGCCAGGCUACUGGCAGUAUCUGUUCCUGGGAAAUUCCUCAAUAAAUCUCAACAACAAAUGUUUAACCUCAAAUUACAAUACAGGCUUCGCGCAAAAUCUGUUCUCUCCUGCCAGACAUUUAAAACAACCCUCUGCACACAAGGCAUAAACCCUCAGUGCUUGGGUGACUACUUAGUGUAUUUGCUUAAUCAACAGUUUAAAAACUGUACCUAGACUUGAUCCCUGGAUACUGCAGAACGUUGUGGGUGUGGGUAUGGGCGUGGUGUAGUGGGUAGAAAGAUGUUUCCAAGCCUUUGCACACAGACUUAAAAUUUCUUAGGCCCAAAUAAAAUGUCACCAGUCAGCCUUUUGGGACAACACAGAACUUUGGCCAAGCCAUUCCUAGAGACGUUUUAACUCAUGCAAGAUAACUCGGUAGGCAAAAUGACACUAGGUGCUUACUACUUGGAAGGAGUAGCCUAUAGCCCUUAGCAGGAAGACUGGUCCUCCGCUGACAAUAAGAUCAAACUGCAAACUCAAUUCCCAGGUACAUGUGGUGAGAGCAGUCAAGCUGGGUUUACACAAGAAGCUUGCUUUGUAAGUGGUAUUUCAUUCCCAUUAUGCAGGCAAUGCUGAUAGAAUCUGCCACAGUAUGUCAACAGCUGACAAGUCAUUUUCUUCCUUGAAAAAAAAUAAUCAUGGGUCAGGUUAAUCAUUUAUCCUAUCUACACCCUUCUGACCAUUAAAUAACUAAAUCUAGAGUGAAGAUCAGCUCUGGCAGUUUUGAAGGCAAACCAACGUGUAUUUCCUCUUUCUUUUCUUGCUUCAUGUAGCUGAACCUGUGCACAAAUUCCCACGUGUAGACUAAAUUCGUGUACUUGGUGUGUUUUAUUUCAAGUCUUUAAUUCAGAAACAAGCUCACAGCCAACUGUAAGUGUCGGACUCUGAGGGGAUUGCAUUUUGAAACUGCUCUCAAAUGUGCAACAUUAAAAUUAAAGUGUGUGUGUGUGUGUGUGUUAGAUAUUGCAACAUCAGAUAUUUCAUCAUCAGGAAUAAAAAGAUGAAGACAACACUGCAAUAUAAAUGUCUGAAUGUCUAUAAAGCAUCCCUUGUUUAAGAUCCCACUGCAAAUCAGGAGUUAAGUCUCUGCAGUAAGAGUCCUGAGACAAGCAGCCAGCUGCCAUGCAGGUGCUGGGCAGACUGCGCCAGAAA